AUGGAUGGAGACGCAGAGCGUGACAAAGUUGAAGACGUUGUGGGCUGCCAUGUUGAAGAUGCUGUAACAUUUUGGGCACAGAACGUCAGUAGAUGUAAUGACCUCUUGAAAUUAAGUUGUGCACUGGCGGAAGCUUGUCCUCAGGCUAAUGCAGUUUUUGGCAAACCUGAUUUUAGUAAGAUUUAUGGUGGGUGUUUUUCUGAAGAUGGAUGUUGGUACAGAUGCAUGGUACAGCAAGAGAUCAACAGUGAAAAGUGUCAGGUAUUGUAUAUUGACUAUGGAAAUUCUGAGGUUCUGAAUAGAUCAGACAUAGUUGAAAUUCCACCAAACCUGCAAUGUCCAAGCGUUGCCAAGAAGUACAGACUCUGGGGACUGCAGAUACCAACUGAUCAGAACUUAAACAUGUUUGAUGAGGGGAAGAAGUUCUUGAGCAGCCUGGUUUUUGAAAAAGAAAUAAAAAUAUGUCACAAAGGCAAGCACGAAGAUGGUACCAUUAUUGCCCGGGCAGAAUAUGAAAAAAUAGAUAUUGGAGAAGAGGUGGCCAAGGCAGGGUUUGCUGAAAAAUGCACAUCUCCAGGAAACGCUAAAGAUGCUGAAGAGAGAGAAGUAGAUGUCAUGCAAAACCAACAUCGGAAGAUAAAAGUUUCAGUUCCGCUGUGGCUAAACAGGUCUGAUCACGCACUGUACGGCAUCCCAAGAAGGCGCUGUGACCAAGUAGCUGCCAGCACAAGGAAUCAGAAUUUUACUGGAAACCGUGCAUUUGCCCCGAAGGAAAAAAUGCCAGCUUCUAACUCUGUGCCAGACACCAGGUUGGCACAAAUAAGACCAGAUCAGAAACUGUCCGAAGAUAAAGAAGUUCUCAGACGGGAGAAUGUAAAUCUCUUGGAGAGGCAGAAGGAACUAGAACUGAAGGUUAAACAGCUGAAACGUGAACUUCAGGUAUGUGGAAAUAAAGAGAAGGAAGCAUCCAAGAAAACUGCUGAAAGUUUUGAGGAAACCCUGCAUACUUACAUUGGAACAAAAAUGAGAAAUUUGGCUGCUAAGGUGAAAGCAUUGAAAGAAGUUAGGCACACGAAUAAGAACAGUCGCUCUAGAGAGCAGCUUUCACAAUCCAUAAAAGUAGUUACCGAAGAAUGCCUCUCUGUUCCAUGUUCCUUGGAAAAACUGCAGAAGAUUUGGACAGAGUAUGACUUGGCUCAAGAGAGGAUUCAGUUAUGCAGAAAUGUGGAUGAAAUAGAUGAAUUAAUUGCCAAGAGAAAUGAAGUCCAGCAGCACUUGUAUUCAGCAGCGGAAGAAUUAAUUUCAGAAGUGGAUCAAUUACCCCUCUCUGAGCGCUCAAGAACGUUACAGGAACUGUCUGCUUCUCUGGAGAUGGUGUAUGGUCAAGGCUCUGAAGCGGAUGACUCUGAGGAGGUAUUUCAACAGUUCUUUACCUGGAAGAGUCUGAAAAUGAAGAAAUUAAUUUCCAUCAGAAAUGAUACAGACACAGCUGUGCAAAUUUUUGCUGACUGGUUCAGUGGCAUAUUAAAGUGUUUUGACCUGAUGUCAGAAGCAUCUUCAGAUUUAGAGAAAGUAAUUGGCAAUGCGGAUGAAAUUCUCAAAAAGGUUGAGUUGGCUAUUUGUGAAGAACUGGAUACUGACUUAAAUGAGCCUGAUGAAGCAGAGAAGGGAAUAAUUAUGAGUGCUUACAAUAAAGUUAUGUAUAACGUUCGUCAGGAGCAAAGUAUGAUCGCUGUCAUACAGAACAGAUACUUGGCCAGUGUUGAGUUCAAAAAACAGGCUGAGGAAUGGCUGAAUAGAAGACCCAAUCUUAACAGCCUAUUAUCAAUUAAGAAAACUGUGAAAAGCUUAAAGGCCCAGUUAAGGUGGAAGCUGGUUGAAAAGAACAACUUUGAGGAGUCUGAUGAUUACAGUGAGUUUGAAAUGACAGGAAUAAAAGAGGAAAUAGCUCAACUGCGAAAUAGGGUUCUUCAGGAAAUAGCCAAGGAAAAAGAAGAAUAUGAGAAGCUUACAUAUUUGGUACAGAAAUGGUUCCCUGAGUUACCACUUCUUUAUCCAGAAGCAGGAAUUCUAAACUACAUGAACUCUGGUGGACUUUUGACACACAGCCUGGAGCGAGACCUUUUGGAUGCUGAGCCCAUGAAGGAACUGAGCACGAAGCGACCUUUAGUGUGUUCAGAAAUUCAGGGCCGGAAGGUUCUUCUAAAGGGAUACUCUGUAGAUGUAAGCUCAGAAGCCAAAGUGAUAGAAAGAGUUGCCAAAUAUCACAGAGCCUGGGAUCAGCGGAAGGAGAAAUCUGGAUUAUUACAAUUGUUGUUUCUUCUUUUCUGCAAGUCUGAUCCUUUGGUAUAUUUAAUGGUCCCGUACUACCCAGGAGCAAGUCUGGGAGCUUUACAGGCUGAUACACCUUUAACUUUAGAAGAAGCAUUAAAAGUGAUGAAAGGAGUGGCCCAAGGUCUACAAACAUUGCAUGGAGCUAAUCUGGUACAUGGAUCUCUGCAUGGAAAUAAUGUUUUUGCUGUGAAUCGAAAACAAGGAAUCGUUGGAGACUUUGAUUUCACAAAAUCAGAGGAACAGCGUGCUGCUGCAAACACUAUGGUUGUCAGUACCUUGAGCUUAGUUUCUCCUGAACUGAAAAUGGGACAGCCAGCUUCUCCAGCCUCUGACAUGUAUGCUUAUGGCUGCCUUCUGUUCUGGGAUGAUAAAGUUAAAUCUCUUCUCCUGAAUUUGUUCUGCUGUAACAGACUGACAGCUGAGCAGGUGCUGAAGGAUGAUUGCUUCCUUGUAGUUGAUGCGAUUCCAGUUUCACCACAACCAGGUGAAGAACAUGAGCCACGAGAAGAACAUGAGUCUGAGAAGACAGAUGAAAAAAAAAUAAUGCAAUUAACUGAAGAGAAUGGAGCAAACCCUACUCAAUAG